AUGGCAACCUCUGUAUCUUCCUCAGCCCCUUUGGCAGAGCUUUUGCUCACCACCAAAGUCAAAAAGUUUCUCGAAGUUUGGCAAGCGGAAUGGAACAUGUUGGCGGAAAGCGACUACUUGGUCCGUUGCAAGAACCUCGAUGACUUGGCUUGGAAGCUCCAGAGGCAUCUUAUUGCCAUGUUUCCUUACCUGCAGGGAGGACUGACUGAUGUAGAGGACACUAUUGUAGUUGUCUGGAAGUACUUUGAUCCGAACGGAAAGCUACUUGAGCGACCGUGUCCGGAGGAUGGCACAGACGCUCGAUGGCUGGGACACUUGAGCCGGACACACUCCCGGAUGUGGGCAGCAAUGUCUAAGGACGAGAAGGCCAAGUACAAGAAAGUGGCUGAGGAUUGGAACCGGAACAGUGCCCCCCGACAGAUUCAGAAAUAUGCUUCCCAGAAAUGGUUUUCGGAAUACAUGCGGCGGCAUAAACUCUUUUGUCUUCGUCAGUUCGGAGCAGAGACGGUGACGUGGGCCGGAUGGGUGAACAAUGAGGGUGUUUGCAGGGUUGCGCACUGUGGGCAAGCAUACGGUGGUGAUCCGCACUCAUUCCAUCGUCGUGAUUUGAUGGCCUUCGAUACCGACCGGAAGAGGUGCAGGAAAGGUGAAGUGCCUUGGCCCAAACGGUUCGUGUGGCAUGUUGAACAGUGUUUCCUGGGAGAGGACCCUAAUGAGGAAAUGCCUCCUAUUUGA